AUGGUGUUUAUAGUCGCGUUCCCGGCCGUGGCCAUGCUGGCCAUGUUUAUCGUGCUGGUCAUCAUGCUGAUCCUGCGGUUCGGUGCACGGUGUGGUCUACGUCACCACGCCCUGCCCGACGAUCAGGAGCUGCGCGAUAAGGCGUACGAUCAGAAGGUCAGCUAUGCAUGACCCAUAUGAAUGCACCACCAGCGGUGCACUCAAGGGGGAUCGACCACAAUCCAGCUGCCAAGAUGUACCCUUCCAUCCGCCGCUGUCGCGGAGUUUUAUCGCAUUUUAUACAGUUUCUCGAAUAUUUUUCCACCAGAUAGCAUGUAAGAGACAUCGUAGAACGGCCACCGAGCGGUGGUUUUUUGAUCCGUUCAAAGUAGAAUAGUCCUUCCAUAUCCUCUCACGAGUUCCAUCCAUUAGAGUAAGAUCUUAUUUUCUCUACUAAAACAUGGAAACGUUUCCGUCCGACACGAUAGGUAAAAGCUGCAUUUUUAUAUCGCGCAACGAUCGUCCCACAAUCGAUCACAAUCUAUACUCGACACCGCCACCGUCUCUUUUGAGGUCCUUUUAAGUAACCCUUCGAGCCCAAUGUUAACCCCCCCAAACACACGCACAGCAAUAAAAGUA